AUGCCCCGCGGCCGAUCAGAACCCACCCGCGCACAGUACUCCCACGGUCUCGAGUACGUCGCGCAGAAGCCCGCCUUCCUGCAGAACUUUGGCCGCCCUGCCCCAUCAAGUUCUGACCGCGAUGGCCGCGAGGGAAGAGGGGGACGGGAACCGCUCCCCGAGCGGCCAGACGAGGGCGAGUGGGCGAAGGGGAGCGACGACGAGGAAGAGGAGGACGAGUGGGACGUUCGCUUCGGCGGAGGCGAGGAUGGGCCGCAGGUCGUCGUGCUGAAAGAGGGCCGGCACCUGAGUGCGGCCGAGGUCGAGCGGGAGCGCAAGAUUGCAAAGGGCAUCGAUCCCGACGCCGAAGCGAAGGCGGCAGCGGCAAAGGAGCGCGUUGAGAAGGCAAAGGAGCGCGAUCGCGCCAAUGUCAAGAGCGUGCAGAAGAAGCGCAAGCUCGUUGGUGAAGCGGCUGCUGCAGAGGAGAAGGGCGACAAGCCCGGGGAAGGCGAUGAGAAGAAGAAAAAGAAGAAAAAGAAGGCUGCCAAGGGUCUGCUGUCGUUUGACGAGGCGGAGGGCGAGGACUGA